CAAUAAAAGCACUUAACGACGUAACCUUGUUUUCCAAGUACUUAGUAUCCCUAGAUGUCUCUUCAAGAGCCUGCUUGCGGCUUACUUGAUAUGAAGGCUCACCACCGAGCAAUUGCUAUGUGUGUAUGAUGAGAUAUCAUUCUCUAUUUAACUAUGUCUUCUAUCACUCAUUUCGUGAUAGAGUAUCUCGUUAAGUGAUAUCCUCAUCUCCCUUUUUACCUCUGAAUAACUCCCGCAAUCAUGGCAACAGAACAUGCUCCUUUCAGACCUGAAAAGGAUGCCGCUUUCUAUGGGGAAAGAGGACCAACCGUAAUUACCGUCGUAUCCCUCUUCAUCGGACUUACUACCGUUGCAGUUUUGCUCCGUUUCGCUUCAAGAUUCAGCCGCCGGGUGAGAUUCGGCGCCGAUGAUUGGUUUUCCGUCGCCGCUUUAAUAAUCGAUAUCGGCUUCUCUGCCACCGUAAUUCUUUCCGUCCGUCGUGGCAUGGGGAUACAUGACUGGGCCGUUGACGAUAGUACCUCGUGGAGAAUUGUUAAGAUGGAAUAUAUUAGUUCCCUCAUCAAUCCGAUUGCUUGCGUUCUCGUCAAAGUAACGCUCAUUCUUUUCUACCGACGGGUAUUCACGAUGAACUACAAGUGGUUUAAGUACGCGUGGUAUAGUUUGUUCUGCUCUAUCAUCGCACAUGCUACAGCGGCCUUCAUCGGCUCUGUGUUCCAAUGCAUACCGCCAUCGUAUAGCUGGGAACGGGUUCGCUUGAAUCACUCAGCCCAAGGAUUCUGCGGAGUCAACAACGACGCUCUCGCCAUGGCUUCAAACAUCAUGGUCAUAGUAAUAGAAGUUGGUCUAUUUAUAUUGCCGAUCACCAUGCUUUCGCGGUUACAACUUAAGUGUUCGCAAAAGAUUGGCCUUAUGCUCAUAUUCGGAACGGGAGUCCUUGCUAUCGCUGCCGAGUGUGUGCAGUUACGAUAUCAGAUACUUGGGAGCCAAUCGGGUGUGGAUGGAAAUUGGAUAAUUGCUGAUAUCUACUUAUGGGCGGUCAUCGAAAAUUCCAUUGGCUUGAUAUGUGCAUGCUUGCCAAUUAUCGGACCGCUCAUCGUAACGAUCAAGGACGCCAUACUCUUGUACACGACAGGAUCAUCACCAUUGGGGAAUGCAGAGUCAUCAUUGGGUGUUUCGCCCGGCCAGUCAAACUCUCGGUGUUAUUCUGCUAUCGCGGGCGCCACGGAUAGGGAAGCUUUCGAGGCAAGCAUGCAGAUGAUGAGUUUAGAACAGGCUUUAAGUCAAAGUCAGCAAGGUAUCUUGAGGACGGAAUAUAAUUUGGGCACAUGCCCCAGAACUGGCGAGAUUUCACUUCAGAAUCACCACGACCCGAAGAAGCCGGCGGGUUAUGUGUCGAUAGUUUGAUGAGGGCCGGACAAUGGUGGAUAGCAUAUUAAUUAUAGGGAAACUCGACGGAAGGGGUGGGAAAUUGUACAAUAGACUAGAAAAUAUCUAUAGACAUUCCACAACUAUCGCUAUGUAACAAUUCUCAUUAUAGAGCAGGGAGUUUCAUAUUGCUUGUCGUAGCUACAAC